CUCAUCCAUCGCGAAUCCAAAAAAAAGAGACCUCGCAGUUCGCUGCCCAUUUUUUAUUUAUUUACGAGGCCAUGAUUUGCUGUAGAACGGCCUCUCUGAGGCUCUUCAUCCGGAACCUCGCACAAAUACACAACUUCGACCUCCCUGCAUCCCCCUCGCGGUUUAUUCCGGCCUAUUCGCCACGGGUAGCACUCUCACAUGGACGAAAGAACACUUUCUCGACGUCCGUCAUCAGGGCAUUAGAAAAGGAGGCGAGUGGGAGCGAUCAUACGCCUGACGCCGCAAAACAUACUACCGACGCGGAAUCGGGCACGGUCCUGUCACCAAGAAAUCCGCAGCUCGAAAUAUCGAAUGCGGAUCCGAAUAAGGGCAAACAGAAAACGGAAAAGACGACAUUAGACGUGGGCGAUACGAACGCGCAGGCCAGGUCUGACCGAGAUUGGGAACCAUCAUCAACGGGGCCAGGGAAGGUAAAGACGCAAGAGGAAAGAGGAAAGAAACAAAAGAAGAAAAAGAAGACGGCCAAGGAGAAGGACGCAGAGGCGAAGCCGCGGUCCAAGUCCGGCGACAGCACGGCCGGGCCGCAAACGGAAAGGCUCGAGCCCUGGCGUGUCCAGAAGGAGGCGCUCAAGGAGAAGUUCCCCGAAGGGUGGCGGCCGCUAAAGCGUCUCUCGCCCGACGCAAUCGCGGGGAUCCGGGCGCUGCACCAGCAGUUCCCGGACGAGUACGGGACGGCGCAGCUGGCGGAGAAGUUCGAGGUGUCGCCCGAGGCGAUUCGGCGGAUCCUGCGGAGCAAGUGGACGCCGAGUACGGAAGAGGAGGAGGAGAGGCGGGAGCGGUGGUUCCGUCGCGGCAUGUCGGUGUGGUCGCGGUAUGCUGAGCUGGGGGUCAAGCCGCCGCGGAAGUGGAGGAAGAAGGGGAUCGUGCGGGAGCCGUCGUAUCAUGAGCGCAGGCGGGCGGCCAUCGAGCGGAGACGGGAGCUGGAGGAGGCGGAUGCUGGGGCCUCGCUGCAGAGGAAGCUGGGUGGGAAGAUUCUGUGAGGGACGUGCAUCUGGCGUCUUUGGAGGAGCUGGGGGCGUCACAUGGCAUGGAUAUCUACGGGUUGGGCGAGGUUGAUGAGGUUUGAAUGGGAAGGCACUGGAGAAGGGCGUGAGGGACCGAGAUCACUCCAUCAGAUCUCUGUGUCUCUGUGUCGUGUCCCGUCGCCCCGAUUUGUAUCUAUCUGUACAGUAAGUGGACGGGGAUGGUGCGGUGGACUGGGCUGCACAAGAUUGUGCGUCUUCUCGGUAUCCAGCUUGUAAGAUUAAGCGAAGCUCGGCGUCUCACGGUGUAAUUGGAUGUAGGAUAUGGAUUACGUCGAAGAGGAAAGACCAGUCCUCAAUCGUGAUGACUUGGUAUGCUCGUCGCUGGAACACGACAUUGAAGAGGUCUUGAGGGUAAGACCACACCACGCUUGGGCAUUGGCGUCCUGGACCUGGACCCUGGCAGACCUCAUUUUAGGGGGAU